CGACCAGAGCCACUGUCGUCUGCAAAGGAGUCCUUCCUAGUAACCGUUGUCAGUUUGUACCAGUUUCUCAUGUUCGCCGGCCUCGCCCAGGGCGUGGCACCGGCUCUCACUAUCGCCGAGUCGUUUCCAGAUAUACCGAGCGGCCAGCACUCGUGGUUCACCGCAGCCUAUACACUCGCCAUCGGGGCCUUUGCCCUCACCGCGGAACGUCUGGGUGACGUCUUUGGCCGCAAGCCCGUUAUCAUCACCGGCUGCCUCUGGUUCGCGCUCUGGAGCCUUCUCGCCGGCUUCUCCGUCAACGUCCAAAACGGCGGGGCAGACGGCACCGCCUACCUCUGCUUCUGUCGUGCCAUGCAGGGUCUGGGGCCGGCGCUCUGCGUAGCCAAUGGCUUCUCGGUUCUCGAAAAGGCGCUACCGCCGAGCCAGAGGAAAGACAUGGCGCUGGCGUUCUUCAGCGCCGCCGCACCCGUGGGCUUCGUGGUAGGCGCGGUGAUGUCGUCUCUGUUCGCCUACAACGAUUCCUGGGAAUGGUCCUUCUUCGUCCUCGCGGCCGUCAACAUCUCCGCCGCCGGCCUCAGCCUUCUAGUCGUCCCACGGCAAGCCCCUCGGAAAGGCCCAUAUGAUCAUACCAUCUGGGUCCAACUCGACAUAUCCGGAACCCUCCUCGGCAGCAGCGGUCUCGCCCUAUUCAGUUUCGCAUGGAACCAGGCACCGGCCGUGGGUUGGCGCACACCGUACACUUACUUCAUCCUCAUCAUCGGCGCCAUGCUCCUCGCCGCCUUUUUCUACAACGAGACCGCCGCCGCGAACCCCCUCCUCCCGCUGCGCGCCCUGACUUCGAGGCCCAACCUGAUCCUAGGCUGCACGGCAGCGGUGUGGGCCUGCUUCAUCAUCUGGGCCUUUUACAGCUUCCAAACCCACGAGGUCCUGCGUAGCUGGGACCCGCUCCUGGCCAGCGCGGGCUUCGUACCUGUCGCCGUCGAGGCCGUAGCCGUGGGCCUGCUACUGGCGUAUCUCAUGCCCGGAGAGGAGGUAUACUGGGCGUUCUUCGCAGCCGUCUUGUCCUUUCUACUGGCAUCCAUACUCAUGGCGACGGCACCGUCCGACCAGACGUAUUGGGCAAACACGUUCGUCAGCACCUUAUUCGCUCCGCUUGGGAUGGUCCUGACUACGCCUCUUGCCACCAUCCUGCUCAGACAAAACCUGGCAGAUGGGCACCAAGGAGUCGCGAAUGGUCUUGUUCUGGCUGUGUCGAGUUACGCCAUGUCGCUGGCUAUGGGGAUCGCGAGGACCGUAGAGGUCCAAGUUGAUUCAAGUGGCACGGAAAAGCUGUCCGGGUUUCAUGGGGCUCAAUAUCUCGGGAUCGGUCUAAGUGGCCUGGCAGUAAUAUGUGCAACAGUACUCCUGGUA